GUAACUAAAGUCUUUUUCUACUACGACCUUGCUGCACGAGUACCGACCAUCAAAAAUCUCAUUGGAAUAUUCGUUUGGAAAAGAAACGCCAUUCGUACAACAGAAACCCCCCUUCACACCGUCCACACCGACCACACCGUCCCCAGGGCGAAGGAGAGUUCAUAACAUCUUUGCACUUCACAAUUCUCAUCGCAGUCCCCUUCACUUGCUGUCACCACCACCGGGAACGAGAGGAGCAUCUUCUUGCCCAUAUUCAUUCCAUCUCAUUCAGCCGCCAACCCCCCUGACUUUGUGCAUUGCUCAUCUCACCGAUAUUUGGAUGCUACAAAGAAUCACACAUUACAGAUUAUGGGUGAUAACAGCCACACAUUCGAAUAAGGACAACGGAACGACGACAACCAGAUCCAAGGAGCGAAGAAGAAAGACGGAAAGAGUCUUUUGAAACAUCCGCACGGGGGAGGAGAGGAAGGUUAACUUGGGUCACUGGACUUUAUCGAAUCAAUCUUCAGUCACGGAUUUCAGUGAGAGCAGGCAAGCAAGCAAGCAAGCAAAACUUGGGUCAGACAAGGAAUCGGGCUUGCAUGAGUGAAGUUAAAUCAAAUCGCAAUCGCUCAAUCCUUCCUCAUAGUAUCAACCUCAAUAUUCCUUUUCUCGUGCUCGACGUUCCGGAGAUCACGGCGAUCAUUUUGAUCCAAAAGCCAUUAAAUCCAAGCGCAUUUAGGCCAGCUCCUUGGAUAACAGGCUUUCGAUCCUUAUCAGAAGUUCUAGCCCCGAGUCUCUAGGACGAAAUCCUCAAAUUAUCGUCAGGACCUCCUGGAUCUAUCAAGCGCUGAUAGGGCUCCAAUUUCAUUCUAGGAGUAAUUUCCAGUAUUUUCACAGCAUUUCCGAAUAUAAACACCAAUCCUUACUGCAUCA